AUGUUUUUAUCUAAUUUCGCAUCGUAUAAGAGAGCACAUCAAUCUCUACAUCGUUACUUCAGCUGUACAAAAUGGCUCUUAAUCGUCCAGAUAGUGAUUUUCUUCAAUCAACCAUCGCAAGCUACAAGCUAUACUUCAGAAGCGUUAGCUGAUGAGGUUCAUCAAUUACCAGGCUUAAAACAAAGUAUUAGGUUUAGACAUUUUUCCGGUUACUUUAAUGUAGGUAGCAACGACCGUUUGCACUACUGGUUUUUCGAAUCCCAAGGUAAUGCAUCAGCUGAUCCAGUUGUAUUAUGGUUAAAUGGCGGUCCAGGUUGUAGUUCUUUAUCUGGUUUAAUUAAUGAACACGGUCCUUUUUCCAUCGAGGAAGACCUAACUUUGAGUCUACGAAAUACUUCUUGGAAUAAAUUUGCAAAUAUAAUCUACUUGGAGUCGCCAAUUGGAGUUGGUUAUUCUUACAAUACGCAACAAGAUUAUACAUCUAGUGACAACUCAACAGCUAUGAAAAAUCAUCAAGCGAUUAAGGAAUUUUAUAAGCGAUUUCCUCAAUAUUCAUUAUCAAAUUUUUAUCUUAGCGGCGAAAGUUAUGGUGCUGUUUAUGUCACAACGCUUGCUCUACGAUUGAUCCAAGAUUCAAGCCUAUCUUUAGCUGGAAUCAUGAUUGGUAGCGGAAUAUUUGAUUUUCAAAAAAAUUUUGAUUCUGCUAUGUACUUUGGUUAUUAUCACGCAUUAUACGGUCCUGUGCUUUGGGAUAGAAUAAAAAAAUUUUGUUGUUAUGCCGAAGAGAAGUGUAUCUUUUAUCAAUCUAAUGAGCCGAUAUGUCAAUUUUAUUUCUUGAAGGCUUACCGUAGAUUGUUUGCUGACGGUCUAAACUCUUAUAAUGUAUAUCAAGAUUGCUGGUCGGAAACGCCAUAUAAUACUCGACUACAAUAUUCGAUCAGUGCUUUGGCGCCUAAUAAAUGGGAUCUUGAGUAUACGACACCACGAUGUUUUAAUCGCAGUAAAGAGAAGAUAUAUUUUAAUUUACCUCAAGUGAGAAGUGCCUUGCAUAUUCAUAGUCAAGCUUCAACUUGGGCUAUUUGUAAUUCUAAUGUAUAUCGACGCUAUCAAUUUCAGUACAAGUCCAUCCUUAAUCAGUUGCAGACACUUCGAAAUUAUCGAAUUUUACUUUACUUUGGUGAUACAGACUUAAUUUGCAACAUUGUAGGCGGACGUUGGAAUGUAGAACAUUUAAAUCGAACUAUGAUACAGGAGCUGCGUCCUUGGCAUUAUACUAAUGAAAAUGGUAAACAAGUUGCAGGUUUUGUUGAGCGUUUUCAGAAUUUAGAUUAUUUAACGGUUAAGGGUGCUGGACAUCUUGUUUCGGAAGGGAAGCCCAAUGAAGUGAUGGUUAUGUUUAAAAGUUUUAUCCAAAAUGUUAAUUAUCCGUAA